CCUCGUCUCUCUCCCCUCGGCGGCUUGCCGCAGCCGCUGGUGUGGAGACCCAGCUCUUCCUCGGCGCGGCUGCGGGGGGCUCUCGGGAGCCGAACUCGCGGCCUCCCCGCCGGGAGCCCCGGCACCGGGCGGGCACUAACGCGCUUUAUUUUAAACGCCUCGUAGAGCGACCGGAGCGGAGGGAAGCGGCUCUUUGGGAACAAGCCGAAAGAUGUCCCGGGACGGCGAGGAGGGUUGUUUAACGGCCUAGACCUGCGGGAGGAGCCGCCGCCGCCGCUCCAGCAGCGCUUCGGCUUUGGGAGAAUCAGAAUGACUAAAAAAAGGAAACAUCAAGAAGAUUUCCAGAAAGUGAAAUUAAAAGUUGGGAAAAAAAAGCCUAAACUAGAGAAUGCAACUGAUACUACCUUCAGAACAAAGGCCAUACAAAUUCCUGAGCAGCUUAAAGAAGAUGGAGUGCUUCCUACACAAAACAGAAAACUUAACAUAAAGGAUCUUCUUUCACAGAUGCAUCACUAUAGUCCUGGAGUUAAGCAUAAUGCACUUCUUGGGCUCAAAGAUCUCCUGUCUCAGUAUCCAUUUGUAAUUGAUGCACACCUUUCAAAUAUAAUAAGUGAGGUGGCAGCUGUGUUUACAGACAAAGAUUCUGGUGUCAGAGGAGCAGCUGUUCACCUGCUGCAAUUCUUGGCUUCGAAAAUAAGAGCAGAACAGAUUGCUCCGUUUUUCCCUUUGGUAAGUGCCCAUCUCUCCAGUGCCAUGACUCAUAUCAGUGAAGGAAUUCAGGAGGAUUCAUUGAAAGUCUUGGAUGUUUUAUUGGAAGCAUACCCAGCUCUUCUCACAGACCGCAGCAGUAUAUUGUUGAAGAAUUUUGUAGAGCUUAUUUCUCACCAGCAAUUGUCAAAAAGACUGAAAAGCAGAGAGAAACUUUCCUGGAUGCUCUCUGUUAACCCAAAUCGCAGAGUAACUUCUCAGCAGUGGAGGUUGAAUGUACUUACCAGGCUCAAGAAAUUUCUUCAAGCAGUGGUAGAUGGAUCCAGUGAAAUAGAGGAUGAAGGUCUUCAAGAACAAAAGGAUAGCCCUCAUUCUGUGAGGAACCCAGUAUAUAUAAGUUGGAAGGUCCAUGCAAAUAAUCAGCAACAUAUACAACUGUUUGAAAAUGGUGGCUUACGACCAAAGAUCAACUCAUCAUUUAGACUGAGGUCUCUGGCAAGUGUAAUGGACAGUGCAGAAAAAGGCCUGUCCUCGGCUGAAAACUUAAAAGGUUUUAUUGAGAUAAUAAUUCCAUUACUGAUUGAGUGCUGGAUUGAAGCAUCUCCUGCACAAUCAGCUCCCAUUCUUGGAAACCUUUUGGAAUCAGAAUCUCAGCAGCUUAUGCAGCAAGUGCUUAGUAUAAUACAUUUAUUGUGGAAACUCACAAAGCGACAUGAUGAAACAUACAAAAUGGAACUAUGGCUUCGAAUGAAUUACCUUGUUGAUUUCAAGCACCACUUCAUGCGUCAUUUUCCUUAUUCUUUACAAGAAACAGUAAAGCACAAAAAGAAAGAUUCAUGCAAAGGCAACAAAUACUGUAUGACAUCCUCAAACAGCGUAGACCAUCUUUUACUGAACUUAACCUUGUGUGACAUAAUGGUUUCACUAGCAAGCACUUCAACACUUCAGGUGGAUUCUGGUUGGCUGGACAUGAUAAGGAAAUUUGUGACAGACACUCUUCAGGACGGCAGCAAGCUGAAUAGCAAGCAGGUGAACAGAUUGCUUGGUGUGACUUGGAGACUAAUGCAAAUACAGCAAAACAAAGUGGCAACAGAACCCUUGAUAAAAGCAGUAUAUACGCUAUACCAGCAAAGGAAUCUCCUCUUUCCAGUUCGUACAUUGCUUUUGAAAUUUUUUAGCAGAGUUUACCAAAAAGAAGAUUUGAGGACUCAAAGAAUCAGAAGUCGAAGUAAAGUUUUGUCUCGUUGGUUGGCUGGUUUACCUCAGCAACUUGCUCUGCUUGGCUUGAGAAACCCUGAGCUUUCCAAUCAGCUGAUUGAUAUCAUUCAUUCUGCUGCUUCUCGUUCGAACAAGGAAUUAUUACAAAGUUUACAAGCCACUGCUGCUCGGAUUUAUGGUUAUACCGAUAUAUAUGAAGAGUUGCUAUCUCAAUCAUCCUUUGCAGGCUGGAAGUGCCAAGUGCAGGAUAAUUCAGUGAAUGAUGUGGACUAUUUCAGCUUCUUGUUUUCAACCCUUAUAGGGUUUUCAAGAGAGGAGUUGACUAGUCUCCAGGGCAUUAGAGGAAAGCCACACAUUAGCCAGACACAGCUUUCACCUGUCCGUCUUUACCUAACUGAUCUGGACCAGUUUUUACACCACUGGGCUGUGACAGAGAUGAUCUGUCACAGCUUGUCCACUAUACCUUCACAAAGUCAGUGUUUCGACAUUCUCCAGACUGGCAUCUGUAAAUAUCUGGUUGGAUUGGUUGUAAUACCCGAUAGCACAGCUGGAUCUGUUCUAUGUGCCAUAAAUAAGCUCUUGGAUCAAGCUUGCAUCCUAAGUGAAAACCUGCACAAGUUCUUAGCCUCUUGUUGUUACAGUCUUCUGUACUUUCUGCUAACUUUAGACAAAGAGGAUGCAGAACAUGUACAGAAAAGGGAUAUGCUGUGGGGAUCGUGUAUCUCUGCAUUAGCACUCCUGCCACGAUUACUGAGACUGAUGCUGCAAAGUCUGCAAGUGAGCAGGAUCUGUCGGGAAGAACUGCCCGUGGUUGCUCAGUUGCUUCGCUUACUAAUGCAGCAUGGUCAGCUCAGGAGCCAUAUGAUCACAAAUGAAUUUCUGGUGCAACAGAUUAUCAAGGACAUCAUGACACUGAAGAGUGGUGAAGUUCAAGAGCAGUGGCUAACAGACCUCCAUUACUGUUUCAACAUCUACCUUGCCUCUCAUCCCCAGGGACCUGGCCCUAUAAACGCCGUAUAUUAAAGAGGUCGAACUGCAUUUAUUGUAAAGCAUUUACUUCUAUUUAGUUUUGAAUGGAAGAUGUUGGAACAAAGCUUGUCAAUUUUUUUGUAAGUGAAACAGAAUAAAAGUUUUACAAAGAACUGCA